CCCUCCGAUCUUUGUGGGUUCCCGACAAAGUAGAGACCUCCUAGAGUCUACCACUAAUCGACAACUCUUGUUCGAAGCAGCACACGAUGUCGGACUCCUCGGAAUGGGUAGAAGGGAUUCCAGGGAACUUUCCUUUGCACAAGGCGGUGGUUGGCGGUAAGAAACCAGUGCAUUAUGAUCCAUGGAUUGAGAACGUGAUGGACCCCCAUUUAACUAGUCAUGCCCAGAGGAACGAGAGUCGUAUCGGCUGAGAGUUGCGGCGUGUCUGUUUGGACGAAGACAGCAAAGGUGUCAGUCAUUCUGCAAGGCGGCAGUGGAAAGAGGUAUUUCCUGAAGUGUGCAUCAGGCAAGGGUGCCCGUGCCUUGGCCGGGGGCGAGUUCCAUUCAGCUUCUGCCAUCAACACUGUGGUGACGGGAUUAGUACCACAAGCCAUUGGAUGGGGUGAAUACCACGCCGAGGAAUCACACGUCUUCUUCUUUCUGGGCGACUUUCACGAUAUGGAUCUUUCCACGGCUCCGGACCCCGUCGAUUUCGCGGCACAGAUUGCGGAAAUGCAUGGGAAAGGCACGUCUCCGAACGGCAUGUUUGGGUUCCAUGUGCCAACGGUCAUCGGCUAUCGUGGAGCGUACGGUCACCUGGGAAAAGAGCUGGGCGAAUCUUUCACACAUCAGCUCAAAGAUGUCAUCAAGUACGACAACGAAACCAACGGACCCUGGCCCGAGUACGAUGCUGCCUGCAAGCAAUUGAUUGAUGUUGUCAUCCCACGGCUCCUGGGUGCUUUGCAAUCCGACGGCCGCGAGAUCCGGCCCGCGCUGGUCCAUGGCGAGCUGUGGGAACAGAACGUCGGUACGGACAUGGCAACGGGCCAAACGGUCGUCUUCGACCCCGGCUGCACGUACGCGCAUAAUGAAAUGGAGUUCGGCACAUGGAGAUGCUCCUGGGCGUUUUACUUCAACUCGCCCGUCUACAUGCGGGCCUAUCAACGCCACAUUGAGCCCUCGGAACUGGUCGAAGAAUGGGACGACCGCAAUCGUCUGUACAGCCUCCAUCCCUACCUGACCGACUCCGCAGGUCAUCCUGGAAGUCCCUCGCGGCAGAUUGCCUACAACGACAUGCUAUAUCUCUGUGAGAAGUAUGGGCCUCUGGACAGCCUCGAAAAGUACGAUGUAGAGAAGGACGUCAGCGUUACGGGCACCCACAUUCCCCACGCUAUGAAGCUGCUCCGGUGAGCCCAGCACGCCAACGAAAGUAUUAUGGAUUGUGUUGGAGACA